AUGUUAUAUAAGACAAAGUAUAAUUUAGAAGGUUCAUAUGAAAAACACAAAAAUGAGAUAGAAAUUAAUUCUGAAAGUUCUACUUAUGUUUCGGAGUGCAGAGAAUUUAAAUCACAAUAUGGAAGUUACAAUAUCUUUAAUGAUGAUAUUACUUGCAAAAAAGUUAUGAUAUAUUUAAAUUUUAUAGGUAGUUAUGGGUUAAAAUCAACUUAUAAUGAUAGUAGAUGUAAAUAUUUGUAUUAUUGGAUAUACGAGGAUUUAUUAAAGAAGAAUAAUAAUUACGAUGAGGCAUUUAAAUUCUACACAAUCUUCCUAACAGCAUAUUUCGAUAAUGAAGGAGAUGAUCCUCAUAUAUGCAAAAAGUAUAAGGAGGAAAGUGAAAAAAUAGUACUUGAAAAAUCGGCUAAGCUAAUAGAACUCUAUGAGACCUUUAAUAAUAAUGGUGAACGAUUCAACUGUGAUUGCGCAAAAAAAUGUUCAGAGUUAUAUACUAAGUAUGUAAAAGAAUUCAAUAAUGAUAGUGAUUAUGAUUUCUGUAUAGAACUAGAGAAUUUUAAACAUAAAUAUGAAGAAAAGGUGAAAUCUAUAGAAUCAUCAUGCGAUGCUGAGAAAAUAUUGCCAUCUGUUAUAAAACACGAUAAAUUGGCUAUAGAACAAGGUCUUGGUAAUAUUAUAACUACUAUAAUCAUACUAACAAUAUUGUUCUUUCUCCUAUUUGUACUAUAUAAGGUUAAAUAA